AUUUUCCUUUGAUGCUCAUCUCCUGUCCAAAAACUGACAUCAGAGGCUCUCUCCCAGAAAAGCUUGUUUGUCUUCAGUGUUUAUCCCAGAAGUCGAGUGGGUGGUCCUGAUACCGAACAAUGACCUCAGUCAGGCUGCUCCACACACACUGGGAGGAAGAUGGCUGCUCUACUGCUGCUGUUGUUGGUUAGUGCUGGAGUCCUGCUGUCUUCUAUUGAGGCUCAGGAGGCUUACAGUAAACUCCCUGAUAACUAUAGGAAAGGAGUGGAUCUGGCCUUGCAACAACUCAACUCUCACUCUGGAGUCCAGCACCAUUUUCUCUUCUUCAAGAGUCUCCUGAAGUCCGACAUAGAGGUAAAACCUGGUGCCGGGAAUCAUGCCUCUAUUUACAUACCAGGCUCUAUUUGGUGCAUGACAAAAGUAAUGACAAACAGAACCAUGGAGAUUUCCAUUGCUGGGAGGUUGUGGCAGGACCAUUUUGUGUAGACCACUCUGGUAAAUGUUUAUGGUUUAGUUUACAAUGCUUUAUACAUUUUCUUCUUCUAGCCUGGAUUUGAUGUGAGCUACAUUUAUCACAAUUUCUACCUGAAAGCCACCAAGUGUCGAAAGGGAACAGUUGACUCCACGCAAUGCAAGUUCAGGGAUGACCGAGUGAGUACCUGGAACUGUCUGAGAACAGUUGUGCUGAAUCAUCAACACCCUUAGGGCUUUCAUACAAUGCCAUGACUUAUAGUCUACACAUCUAAGUCUACAGCAUGGAAUAAAAAUGUUUAUAUGAUGCUGUCAUAUUGUGUGUAUUUCGACAGCCAUUGAUAGACUGUGGAGUCUGCUACAAAACCUUUGCUGGAAAGAUUGAGAAGGAGCCUCAGCCGUAUGUCCACUGUCUCCACAAACCAGCGCUUACAGAGGUGUGUUGGAUCACUAGUUGUCCCCUCCCACAACAUUAAACUGUUUAAAUCACUCACCACACAAAUUCUUUAACAAAGUAUGCUAAUGAGAAACAUUUUAGAAUUGUCAUUAGGACACCAUCACAUGAGCAGAGAACUCUUUCUUAUAAUCUAAUUCAGAAACAUACAGUAAUUUCUGUGAUUUGUUCCAUCACAUCAUUGAGUAAAAAUUUAUUUUGAGGACAUUAAUAUUGUGAAGGUUAUUGAAGACGAAUAUAAACCUGUUCAUUUCCCCUCCUUUAAUGUUGUGAAUUUCAGGAUAUGAAGACAAGAAGAGUAGAUCACUGUAACACAAUGAGUUACCGAAGUGGAGCCCUUACUCUCCUGGCUUCAAAGGGUUCCAAGUGAAAUUCUUGGCAACAGGAGCAAUGUAGUUUUGUGGCCAUGAUAAAACUUUAAACACACUUUUUUUUUUUGCCUGCGUUGAAGAUGCCUAUAUCGGUCCGCUAAUACAGGACUAGUAAAGGCAAAGUGCGCUACUUUUGUGAAAAAAUGUUAACUCAAGGUAUUUGAGUGUUUACCAGAAUUUGUAACUUGAGUCGGAUAAUUAUCUGUACAAAACAGUUAAUCUGAUAAUACUUGUGGAAUAUAAAAAUAUUGCUUGAUAUAUGUUUUCCAGUUUCUUGAACUACUUUGCAAAUGCAACUUAUUUCUCUGUGGAAACAGAAAUGGUCUAUUCAUUCCUUUUACAUUUUAGUAGAUGCUCUUAUCCAGAGCAACUUAGUAGUGAGUGCAGUGGUGGAAAAAGUACCCAAUUGUCAUACUUGAGUAAAUGUAAUAAUAGAAAAUGACUCAAGUAAAAGUGAAAGUCGCCCAGUACAAUCCAAGUAUUUGGUUUUAAAUAUACUUAAGUAUAUAAAGUAAAUGUAAUUGCUAAAAUAUACUUAAGUAGAAGUAUAAAUCAUUUCAAAUUCCUUAUAUUAAGCAAACCAAACGGUACCAUUUUCAUGUUUUUUAAUUUACGGAUAGCCAGGGGCACUCUCCAACACUCAAACGUCAUUUACAAAUGAAGCAUGUGUUUAGUGAGUCCGCCAGAUAAUAAUAAUAUGCCAUUUAGCAGACACUUUUAUCCAAAGCGACUUACAGUCGUGCGUGCAUACAUUUUUUGUGUAUGGGUGGUCCCGGGGAUCAAACCCACUACCUUGGCGUUACAAGCGCCCUGCUCUACCAGCUGAGCUACAUAGGACCACCAGAUCAGAGGCAGUAGAGAUGACCAGGGAUGUUCUCUUGAUAAGUGUGUGAAUUAGACAAUUUUCCUGUCCUGCUAAGCAUUCAAAUGUAACGAGUACUUUUGGGUGUCAGGGAAAAUGUAUGGAGUAAAAAGUACCAUUAUUUGUUUUAGGAAUGUAGUGAAGUAAAAGUUGUCAAAAAUAUAAAUAGUAAAGUAAAGUACAGAUACCCCAAAAAACUACUUAAGUAGUACUUUCAAGUAUUUUAACACAACUGAGUGAGAGCAUAAAUGUUUGUACUGGUCCCCUGUGGGAUUUGAACCCACAAUUCUAGCGUUGCAAGUGCUAUGCUCUACCAACUGUGCCACAUCAUCACAAACCACUUGAUGUCGCAAUGUACUCAAUUUAUGUAUUGUGCAUUGUUUUUCUUCAUGGUGAUGGAAAGUCUACAGGUACCAAACCUAGAUGAUGUACAAUACAGUAAUGUAUUUACAUUAAAUGGUUUGUAAGGAUGUUAAAUUAAUACUGCACAGAAAGUGGUUGUUUUCCAUGUUAUUUGAUCAAGAAAAAUAUUUAAUUUGAUGUGGAUGUUUAGUGUCUUUGCCCAUAACUUUGUUCUUUCUAGAUUCCAUUGGAAUGACAAUCGCAGAGAAAGGGACAGGACAACAACUCUUACAAAUCCAACUAUUGAAUUCUGCAAGGUACUGUUCUUAAUUAUACAACUACCUUCCUUGCCAAAGCAGAGAUUUUUGUAGAUUUUUCUUUAUGUGCCUGCUCUACAGACGUCUAUAUCGGUCCGUUAAUACUAGUAAAGACUUCUGUUAAAAUAUUUUGUAUUCAUAUAUUUUUUCGAUUCACUUUUUCAGUGGAUGCUGCUGCACCCUCAAAACCAAUACUUCAAAUACAAAUAUUCAAUGUCCCAGUAGUUGAGCAGGAUGAAUCCCUUCUGUUCGUUGUGAAAAUGUUGAAAGUUAAGUGUGGUACACUUAUUUUCAAUAAAGUUUUAUUCAGAAAAUAUGAAUCUGAGUCACUGGUGUUUCUCCCUUCCAAAUAGCACAUAGGUAGGUGGACAUGAUAGGGGAAAUUCCUGUAGAUGUUGCAGCAUCUCCCAUUCCUCGAUAGGAAGGUCAAGAAAAACAAGCAAUGUACAGCACAGUUGGCUGAUAGCAUGUUUAACGCUUCGAUCAGACCCACAGCAUCAUUGCAUCAAUGCGGUGUAAUAAAUAAUGCAAUCAAACUUUUUAAUUAUGUAAUCCAACAUUUUUACUGGAUAUGUGUGCAACAAAAGUUCAAUAUUCACCUUUUGCUACUAUUUCUGUAAAGUCUAUGCAUACAAUUUGAUGCAUAUUUUGGAUCCAAGGUAUGCACCACACAGAACAUAGAACACACUGAACUACUUCUGCAAUGCAAUGCUGCAAGGCAAACGCAGUGUUCCAUGGAAAUUAAUGUAAUUCUGGUGUACCAAAACACAAUGACACUGUCUUUGUCUGUGUGAUCGAGGCAUAGGGCUCUAUUCAAUCCCUAUCACGGAAAUUAUGCGUUACAGCAGGACUGUGAUUUAAAGGCAAUGUUCCUGCAUUAGCAGAGACUGUGUUCACGCUAAACGCUGCAUAUGUCGGCUCAAUCGGAAAUUACCUUUACAUUUCUAACGCGCAAUCUGUAACGCUUUCGCAAUACAGAUUGAAUAGAGCCCUAGGCUUGUCCUAGUCAUCCCUAGCUUCUGAGUAAUACGUUUCGAUUCUCGUUAAUGUUUAUCCUGGUGGGAGAAGUGUCCACUGUCCACAGAGAUGCCUCAGUCAGGCUGCUCCUUACACACUGGGAGGAAGAUGGCUGCUCUACUGCUGCUGUUGUUGGUUAGUGCUGGUGUCCUGCUGUCUUCUAUUGAGUCUCAGGAGGCUUACAGUAAACUCCCUGAUAACUAUAGGAAAGGAGUGGAUCUGGCCUUGCAACAACUCAACUCUCACUCUGGAGUCCAGCACCAUUUUCUCUUCUUCAAGAGUCUCCUGAAGUCCGACAUAGAGGUAAAAAACAAUGUUGGUUGUUGUGACCACUAAAUAUAUAGAUGCAAAUAUGCACUGACCAUGAACUGCUAAAACUGAGGAAGACCUUUUGAGGUUGAGAUCAGAUCCAUACUCAAGUGUUACCAUGUUACAGGUGGAUAAUACAACUUCAACAAUACUUGAUAGAAUCACCAUUUUUCUUUCAGUCUGGGUUUAAUGUACAAUACGUCUACCACAAUUUCUACUUGAAAGCCACCACAUGUGCCAAGGGAACCGUUAAUCCAAGCUAUCAGCGAUGCCAAUUCAGGAAUGACCGAGUGAGUAAUACACUUGUACUUGCUUCAACUGGUUCUAUUGUCUUUUGUCAAAGCUUUUGAAGAACAUAAAUGAGUAUUUCAGUCAUCAGCCGCUUCUCAAUUCAAUUCAACAAACAUAUUUUUAAGUUUCUGGAGAUUAAGUUUAUGACCGUUGACAUAUCAUUACAGGUUAUAGAUGUAGCACAAUGAUGAAUCCAUAUUUAUUUUUGUGUGUAUUGUAACAGCCACUGAUUGACUGUGGAGUUUGUUACAAAACAUUUUCCGGAGAGAUUGAGAAAGACCCCAAGCCAUAUGUCCACUGUCUCCACAAACCAAAACUAACAAAGGUAUUUAUUGAAACUUGACACAUAUUGUGAAAUAUCUAUUUUUAAAUGAAAAGUGUUAGAAAUGAUGACACAGCAUGAGUCCAUUUCCUUUUGUUUCAGGCUGUGUCGACAGCAAGACUAGAGCACUGUCGCAAGAUGAGCUACACCAGCGGAGCCCCUACUCUCCUAUCCAGCACCAAGACUGAUACUGAUGAGUGAAAUACCAUAGAAUAGAUGGUUAAUAAGACAGAAUUGAAAAUUAACUGCAUUUACAAAACACUGGUGUAAUUUCUAGUUUGUGCCCAGAUCAUUUUUGUUUAAAGGGCAUUCCAGCACUUUUCAACUUCAUAUUCAUUAUCUCCAGC